AUGGCCCGUACGAAGCAAACUGCCCGCAAGUCCACCGGUGGCAAGGCGCCCCGCAAGCAGCUCGCCACCAAGGCGGCGCGCAAGUCCGCCCCGGCGACCGGCGGCGUGAAGAAGCCGCACAGGUACAGGCCCGGUACCGUCGCGCUCCGUGAGAUCCGCAAGUACCAGAAGUCCACCGAGCUCCUCAUCCGCAAGCUCCCGUUCCAGCGCCUCGUCCGCGAGAUCGCCCAGGACUUCAAGACGGACCUCCGCUUCCAGUCCUCCGCGAUCCUUGCGCUCCAGGAGGCGUCCGAGGCGUACCUCGUCGGCCUCUUCGAGGACACGAACCUCUGCGCGAUCCACGCCAAGCGUGUCACGAUCAUGCCCAAGGACAUCCAGCUCGCCCGCCGCAUCCGUGGUGAGCGCGCGUAA